AUUGCAGAUAUUUUUAGAAGCGAUUUGAUUGGAUAGUUUGAAUUUAAAAUUGACCAAUCCGUGACAACCUACAUUCCGUAAUGGAAACCAACAACAAAUCGAAAAAAGCAACGUCACACAACAAUGACGAUUCACUGACGCCAUCGGACACUUCUGACGUCGAUAAUUUGUCUUUAUUACGUCACACUAGCCUAGGAAUCCCCCUUUUGAAACCGGAUCAGAGACAAAUCUCUUUGCCGGCUGGAGCUAUCGGUGGUGACGUAGCAGUGUUUCCGAAGGCCAGUGUUGACCAAAUUAAAUCCGAAAACAACAAGUUGCGCCGAAAAGUAAACUAUAUGGAAAAUCUCGGCGUAAUCGUGACGGACGUUAAACAAGAAAAUCAGAAAUUAUUUGAGGAUAAUUUAAAGCUGCAAAGUCAGAUAAAAGAAAUGCAAAAAUUACUGCAGCAAACUUCGGGAAACUUCGGAUCCGAAGAUCUCCGAACAAAACCCGAAGAAAACCGAACCCCCACAGCAACAGAUGACGUCACCAAUUCUACCCAACCAACAACCAACGAGGGGACAGACGAUAACCAAUCAACAUCGUCGUGUUGGUCACAUGUUUCUACCAGCCAAUCGGAAGUCACUACGAUGAGUGAAGUUUCAACGAACGCAGAAUCCAAGGACGCUAUAGUACCAAGUCAUAAUGACGUCACAAAUGAAACACAAGAAGAUCCAGAAUCGCGGUUGGGGGGAGAGGAAAGCAGGUUACUGACGUCACUAAUGAAUGACGUCAGUGGUGGUAACCAUGACGACGGAAAUAAUCCAGAAUCGAAUGAAUCGAAAACAUCUUCGGCGUCGAAUGAGGAAGUUCGACUUCUCAACUAUCAGAUACGACAAGUAGAGGAAAUGGUUGGCAUACGAAGUAAUUCAACCGGAAACGACUCCUACGUCAUCAGCGGCGAUACUAGUGUGACGUCACAAUUCACGAAGCUAGCUGCAGUGUUCGGUCGACUCGCGCAAAGGGUUGUGACGUCACAGAAGAAAGUUCGAACGUCGAAGGCAUUCUGUAAUGCACUGAUGGUGGAUAACGAUAAAACCAAAGCGAGACUAAAGGAACUUGAAGAAAAGACAGCAAAACUGGAAAAAGAAAAUGCACAGCUUAAGAGCGCCGCUAGACGGUCACCUGUUCAAGCAGUCGACUCACCACAAUCGGCAGGAGAGAGCUCGUAUGAAAUGGAUCGAAAUUUAAAGGCGAAACUUCAGGCAAGAAUACUGAAGCUGGAAGCUCAAAGAACUGAGAUUCUAAGAGUUAACAAGCAAUGGGAUUCACAAUACAGACGAUUGAAGCAAGAGCAUGACAAAUCUAUCUCUGACGUCAGUAAUGACGUCACCAGAACGCAACAAAAAGAGACAAAGAGAAGGAAAGACAUGGAGCUGUUGUUGUCGGCGGCGAAAAGGGAGAUUCAGAAUGCAACACAAGAAAAAUCGGUUCUAACUCGACGGUGCGCCACCACGCAUGCGCAGAGCGUUGCGCUCAAACUAGAGGUUACGAAGUUAAAGGAAAAUAAUCGGAAGUUGGAAACCGACAACAGUUGUUUGGAAGCUGAGAACGCGAGGUUGGGGCAAGCGUUGGAGGCCGCUUAUAGCAUCCGACAACGAAUGUCCGAAUCUAUUCCACCUGACGCUCUACCGACAUCUAGCGGGAUGAUAAACAACAAUAACAACUUCGCUCUUCCAACAAGUGACCCAACCUCCCCUGGGUUCAACAGCAACGAACAUCCGCCAAUAAAUAGCAAUAAUUCUGAAGGGAGGGAAGACAUCACGUUGGAAGAGCUAAAAACCAGGGUGGAGGUGUUACAACAGCAGGUCAAAAUAUACCGAGAAGACUUUGAAACGGAGCGUCGUGACCGUGAGAAGAGCCAGGGAGAGAAGCAAUCCUUGGACGAACUCCUAACCCAGGCACGCCACCAGCUGCACGCACUAACGCAACAAGUAAGAACAAACGAACAAGAUUUUAAACAAGAGAGAAGAGAAAAGGAAAGACUUCAACGACAAUUACAAUGGCAGACCGUAUCACGUGACCAAAACCGUUACCUUGGCGAACCAAUCGCAACUACCACUAGAGGCGCCAACGACCCUCCGGCUUAUUUCCAUAGAGACAAUGAUUACGUCGCAAACAACACGCGUGGAUCGCGUCGACGUCAGAGGGGAACUCCCCCACAGUACCCAGGUCCCAGUGACAUCACGGGGGAAAACCUGCUGUCUUACCCCCCCUCCGACCCCCACUACUAACCCCACAUACGUGGGUCCCUGUGGUAGGGUCCUGUAUGACGCGGAGGGGUGAUGACGUAAGCGUGACGUCAUUUGAUCAAGGAUGAAGAGCCAUAUAAGGAGGAGGCGAAAAAGAUAAAUCAUUCGACAGCUGUCAAUCAAGAUGAUUGACAGAAGACAAUAGUUGCAUUAGAUUCAUCAACAUAGAUAUCGCAUAAAGUUCACGAAUCGAUGUACACGCGUCACUUCUGUUUCGUAACAAAACACGUGACGUCACAAUUAACUAUAAAUUCUUUCAAUCUUUAAUAUCACCUCAAUUAUUUAUCAUAUAGUUAUUAUUGUUUAAUAACAAUAUCCACCAUUGUGCAUAGCGCUUUCGGGCGAUAACUGUUUAUGACGUCACUGUCGCUACAUUUUUCUAUAUUCUGACGUCACAGUAAGCUUUGUUAUUCAUAGUUGCAGUAUAUAUAUAUGUACAGCAAGCUAAUACAAAUAUAUUGAACGCCAAUAAACUGAAGCAAUUGUA